AUGGCUGCUUUCACGCAUCUCGUUCGCUUCCUGGCCAAGGAUGGGCACAUCUAUUACGGCGAUGCCAUCCUCCCGUCGGGAGCCACUGACCUUUCUCAGACGACCCAAGCAAAAGUAAUCCAGGGUGAUAUCUUUGGGGAGCACCGAGUCACCGAGAAAGUGGCCGAGGUGCGCAUGCUCCUUGCUCCUCUGGCGCGCAAGGAUAUCCGAACUGUCCGCUGCUUGGGACUGAACUACGAGCAGCACGCGAUGGAGUCCAACCUGCCCAUCCCAAAGUACCCAGUGCUGUUCUUCAAGCCCGUCACGUCUAUCGCCGGCCCAACCGACGAUAUCCCCAUCGCCCAGAUGGCUCAGGAAGGUGAAGGCCUAGACUACGAGUGUGAACUCGUCAUCGUCAUCGGGAAAGAAGCCAAGAAUGUCCCGGAGAACAGAGCUCUGGAUUACGUUCUAGGUUAUGCGGUUGGAAACGAUGUCUCUCACCGCGACUGGCAGAUCAAGCGUGGCGGAGGCCAGUGGGGUCUAGGGAAAGGCUUCGACGGCUGGGCGCCGUUUGGACCUGGCAUCGUCUCUUCCAAGGGUCCAGUCCUCUUCCACCAAGGACAUGAUUUUUGGGUGGCCAAGACCAUUGCUUUUCUGUCUCAGGGUACCACUCUCCUACCCGGCGACCUGAUUUUUACUGGAACACCACAGGGUGUCGGCAUGGGCCGAAAGCCUGCGCUGUGGCUCAAGGACGGUGAUCGGGUCGAGGUCGCGCUGGAGGGAGUUGGAUCUUGUGUCAACCGUGUAGUCUACGAUAAGCCCACCUCCAAACUGUGA